AUGUCUUUCUCCAAGUUCCCACCCGAGACUUUACUCAAUAUAGCCGGCAACUUGUCUACGGAGGACCACCUCGCUCUCUGCCUCACUUCCAAGAAACUUCGUGGGGUUAGCGAAUUGCUCCUGUAUGUUGACAUUAGGGUCACUGUCGAGCCGGGAACCGCACGCCUGGACACGUUAUUGAACAACCUGUCCUCGGAUGAGGGAAGGGCCAAUCGAGCCAGACGACUCACUGUUGUCUUCGCUCACGUUCCUACUCCACAGGAACUGAAAACCAUCAAUGACAUCGCCGUAAAGCUCCCUCGCCUCCGUAUCUUCAAUAUUGAGUAUGAUUGCGACAAUCCAGACACCAACGCUGGCGUGGCAGAUCCAGUGUCCUCUCUUCCAUCUGUCAUCCCUUCCUUCUUGAAAACGACCACACUCCCGCUCACGGCGAGUGCGCCUCCGUCCUCACUGAUAAAUGUGACAUGGCGCAGCCCGAUCGUUCAACAAGGAACCUUCACCAACUUCGUCCAGCACCAUGCUAAUAUCCGCUGUUUGAUGCUUCGGGCAGCCUUAAUCCCUGACUUGGACGCCGGCAUCCUACCCAACUUGGAGGUUCUUCAAGCACCGCUCGAAGUCGUCCUUAGACUUCUCCCUGGACGACCCAUCCGUCGGGUGAGCACCGUAGCCCGUAAGAAGGUCAAUUACCAAUGGAAGAAGACAAAGGAUGCUUUGUUGAGUGUCGAGGUCUUCUCAUGUGUACAAGCUUGGGGUGACACAGAGGGUCACAUGUGGCUUCCGGAGAUGGUUGGGUGGAUGAAGAAUCUUCAAGUGUUGCACCUUUCCUACGGGAUUCACGUGAUUCCUGUGGUGUUACGACACACCAAAAUUCGCUUUCUUCGAGCAUUCUGUGUUUCUGAUGCAAAGGUCGAAGAACUCUUUGACAGUGUACCAUCCUUGGAGGUGGAGAAGCGUUUUAUGUGGAAUAGUAAGCCGAGUGAGGAAUGGUUGGCGAAUUGGGAGGAGAGCGCCUGA